UAACUGAAUCGAACCAAAAAGAGGAUUAAAAAAAAAAAAAAAAGAAAAAUCGCCCGGUGAGGAAAAAAAAAAAGAGAAAAACUUGGAUCAUCGUCGACGCAUACUUCUCUCUCUCAGAAACCCUAAUUCUUCGAAGAUGGAGAGGCCCACUUACUCUUUGACAUACAAAGGUUCCAUUCCGGAUGCAAUUAAUGAAGCAAGGAGGCAGAAGAAACUAUUUGUAGUCUAUAUAUCUGGCGAGGAUGAAAAUUCAGCCCUCUUGGAACAGUCAACAUGGGUGGAUCAGAGUGUAGCGGAAAUCAUAUCAAGGUGUUGUAUCUUCCUGCAUCUCAUGCAAGGAAAUGUUGAGGCAUCACAAUUUUCAGCCAUUUACCCUCAAAAGUCCAUUCCAAGUAUCUCUGCUAUUGGACUCAAUGGUGUUAUGCUUUGGCAUCACGAAGGGUACAUCACUGCUGAAAAUCUUAAGGAAGGUAUUGGGAGAGCUUGGGCUACCCUCAAUCUUCAGGAGACAUUUUUAACAGCAGCUCUUGCUUCAAAAAAUACUGGACUUGCCAAUUCCUCUUCUAAUAUUGCUCCGUCUAGUGAAACAAGUUCAUCUAGCUCAGAUAUUCCAACAACUUCUGACAAAACCACACUAGAUUCAGAAGUCAGACCAUUAACUGAUCCUGAAAUCAGACCAUUAGCUGAUCCUGGUAACUUGGCGGAGCAGAAUCUUGAAGAAAAAGAUCCAAAGCCCAUGGAACUAGCAUGCACACAACCAGAUGAUGUUAAAGAUGUCAAGAUUAGUGGAGGAGAACAUUCAGGCUCAGCUAGAAAUGGAGAUAAUGAAGUCCUUGGUGAACCUAGAGAUGCAGGGUCGCCACCUCAUGAAGGUGAUUAUCCAGCUUUACCACAAGAAAAGUCUAAAUCGGAUAAUAGUGCGAGUAUAAAAGGUGAAGCUUCUUCAGAGGUGACUGCAAUUGGAGCAGAGAAACAACGCCCUCGUGAUAAAAAGAUUGAUGGAUCAACUACGAGUUCCAGUGUUGUAAAGUCAAAUGAUAUUCAAUUUAGCAUUCGCUUGCCAAAUGGUACCAGCCUUCAGACAAAGCUUACAAAAGCAGACAUGCUAAGGGAUGUGAAGAACUUCGUAGAUGGAAAUAUUAGUGAGAUUGGCUCAUAUGAUCUGGCCGUUCCUUAUCCCCGGAAAUUAUUCAGUGAACAAGACAUGGACAGAACAUUAUGUGAACUUGGCUUUGCAAGCCGAGAAGCAUUAAUUGUUGUUCCACAUCGUCAACCUACGAGACCCUCAAGGGGCCAAUCGUCAUCUCCUAUUAGUAGUGACACGCUGAAUGGAAGCAACACAGAAGACAGCAGUGGGGGAUAUUUUAGCUAUGUUAAAAGGAUUUUAUCAUACUUUAAUCCUCUCUCCUAUUUCCGGGGGAAUUCCAGCUCACCAAACUCCGAACCAGGAGCAAAUGAUGGCUUGUGGCAAUAUCGUCCAAAUCCUACCAAUUUAAACCGUUUUCCAGGAGAAGCAUCCCAGCCAGCUGCGGAUAAUAAUACCGGCAACCUAAGGAGAAGAACGUCAAAUAGACCAUUUGGAAGCAACAUCCACACUCUUAGGCAUGAUGAUGACCAAGGUCCAUCUGGCGACAGAAACGUUUUCUGGAAUGGGAAUUCUACGCAGUUUGGAGGUGACGAUAAGAAGUAGCACGGUGGUCGCACAUCUAGGAUUCUAAUAAGCUGCUUAUUGCUUGGCUUUUCAGGUUUUCUCUGUAAAAGAAGCUUUCUGUGAAUUGGGGGGUUAAUACCAAAUAUCAAGUACUCAUAUUAUUCUUAUUGUUUUAUUACUCCAAAGCAUAUGCUUCUACUUUUCAAUUGUUUUCUCUUGGUGCUUAGUUCAGCACAAUAACAGAAAGAGUUUAUCUUCAGCAGGCUUGCCUUUCGAUCAAUGAAUCUCGGCUUACGCCCUCAUCUGUCAUGUGGUUUAUGCAUGACAGUUUUACGAUU